GAUGCGCAUGCGCACUUCAAAUGAUACCGUCUCUUCGCAUAUGAUGGCGACUGACAACUUUAAAACAAUGGAUGAGGAAAUAGUAGUAGAUGAUAUAGAUGAGAAUAGUAGCACAGAGACUCCACAGUCAGAUGAUCCAACAACACCCGUUAUGCCUUUAUUAUACAUCCAACAGAGUAAAUUGCGUUCUGCACCACCAACAACCACAAAUCAGACUUUGGUCUCACCCAAUGCUACUCAACUUGCCGCUAUUAUCAACCCAGUUAAUAAUCAGCUUGUCACUGGACAAAACAAAGUAUUUAUACAAGGGCCAAGUCAGGUUACUACUUCUCAAAAUAAACAGCAUAUUGUAAUUCAUCGGCCAAUUAACACUGUCAGUACCACAACAACUUCGCAAGGUCAGAAACAUAUAUUGCUUAGAAAGUCCAACACAUCCACUGCUCAGAUUGUGCCCCUAAGUACUUCUCAGGGAAAUCAAACUAAUGCACAAGCAGGCAAGCACACGUUUGCAUAUCUUGGGACACUUAUUAAGCCAAAUAAAUCACGUGAAUCUGUUGUUAUUCCAGCAGGUGCUCUAACAACAACUCAAAUAGCUAAACCAAAAUUGGUGAUAGCACCAGUAAUAUCACAAUUAGCUCAAACAUCAACAAGUACUACUACAGGAUCUCAAAGCCAGCCUUCAAAACACAUGGCAAAUUUAUUAUUACCAGUCAGUAUUCCUCAACAAAGUGGACCUACUAAAUCCAGUAUGUUUAAUUUAAAAAUUAACAAUGGCCAAAUUAAUAGUGAAAGUAAAGGCACUAUUACAGUGUUACGGGAGUCAAAGACCACAAAUUCAGCUACACAUCCACCACCUUUGCAUCCCAUUGCAAAAAUGAGUUUACUAAAUGCAAAUAAAGGAAAUAACAAUUCCACAGAUAGUAUAAAAAUCACAGAAAAUCCAGACUCUGCAGUCAUUACUCCCAUCCCAAAAAAAGAUGACACUAGUAUGCCUGAGAAGAGAAAAAAAACAAUAAGUAACAUAUUAAGGGGAUCCAGUGAAAAACGCUUGAAGAAACAAAACCUUUCGAAGUCUCCUCAGGAGAGUAUGGUUGAUGUAAGCUAUGCACUAAGUAGUCCAGAAUCAGAGCAAGAUAAGGAUAAGAAGGUGCAAAAUGAUGAUGACAUUACUUUGAUUAAAGUAGUUCCUAGUGAAGAUAAAGUUGUAAAACUUGUCAAUACCAGUAUGGAUGAUGACAUAAAAAUUGAAAUAAUUAAAACGCGCACAAGCUGUGGUCUUGAGUCAAUAUUAGACAAUAAGAAUGACUCUAAAAUUAGUAAUCACGAUGAUUUGAAAGAUCAUUUAAGUAACGUGCAUCCGAAUGAUUCGAGUUUCGAUGCUGCCAAAGUUUUAGAUUGGAAAGAUGGUGUUGGCACACUACCAGGAAGUACAUUAAAGUUUUGUAUGAAUGAAUUUGGUAUUAUGGAAGUGGUAGACGAGGAUGAAAAUAAUAAGCAAGGUAAAGACAGUAUCGGUGAUAAGGAAAACGUAUGUUCGACUCAGAAUUCGUCGAAGUCCAGCACCGCAACUGUUAAUAAUGUAAACACUGAGAAAAAACCUGACGAUAGGAAAUCCAGGGCUGUUUCGGCAGACACGAUGUAUCAUUGCGAAGGCUGUGGAUGUUACGGAUUAGCUGCAGAAUUUGAAAGCCCUAUAUCAUGUAGUCCAACGUGUACAGAAAUAAUAGAGGCUAAGAAACAGCCUACGACGAGGAAAGAGAAAGACUUGAAAGAUUUACGCGCGAAACGUAAGCGCAAAAGAUUAUUGCAAGAACAACAACAGUCCAAAGAGAUGGAGGAAAAGCCUGAAGAUAAAGUACAGGAUAAAGUAAAGUCUGAAACAGAUGAAGAUACAAAAGACACUAUUACAGGAUUGGACGAUGAGAGUCAAGGAGAUACUAAUGAAUCGAAGUAUCCUUGGCAGACAGGAAAACUCGGAUUUUCAUGGUCCAAAUAUCUCGAACAUUGCAAGGCAAAAGCAGCGCCCGUUAAAUUAUUCAAAGAUCCUUUUCCGUAUGCUAAAAAUCAUUUCAAGGUUGGAAUGAAACUAGAGGGAAUAGAUCCAGAACAUCCAUCACGUUAUUGUGUCCUUACGGUUGUUGAGGUAGUAGGGUAUCGAAUACGUUUGCAUUUCGAUGGAUAUCCAGAAAAUUACGACUUCUGGGUAAAUGCAGACAGUAUGGAUAUUUUUCCUGUUGGUUGGUCGGAGAAGAACGGACAUCGAUUGGACCCGCCAAAGGGUUAUGUAGCUAGUAAUUUCAACUGGAACGCGUAUCUAAAAAUAUGCAAAGCUACUGCAGCACCGAAAAAUAUAUUUUCGAAUAAAAAUUCGGUUUGCCCAACUGGCUUUCGCGUAGGAAUGAAAUUAGAGGCAGUGGAUCGGAAACACUCUUCGUUGGUGUGUGUAGCUAGUAUAGCAGGCUUAAUGGAUUCUCGUAUAUUGGUUCAUUUCGAUUCUUGGGACGAGGUGUACGAUUAUUGGGCGGAUGCAAGUUCACCGUAUAUCCAUCCAGUAGGAUGGUGUCACCAUAAUGGUCAUAGUCUCACACCACCAAAUAACUAUAAAGAUCCUAAAUCGUUUACAUGGGACGCGUACCUUAGAGAAACUCGUUCUAUGGUCGCACCAGCAAGAGCUUUCAAACAACGACCGCAUUGCGGAUUCAAGCGUGGAAUGAAAUUGGAAGCGGUCGAUAAACGUGUGCCUCAAUUAAUAAGAGUAGCGACAGUCGAAGACGUAAAGGAUCAUAUGUUAAAGAUACGAUUCGACGGAUGGCCAGAAAAUCAUGCUUAUUGGGUUGACGAUGACUCUUCAGACAUACAUCCCAUGGGUUGGUGUAUGAAAACGGGACAUCCAUUGGAACCACCAUUAACUCCGGAUAAUUUAAAUGAUAGGCCAGAGUGCGGAACGUAUGGUUGCAAGGGAAUAGGACAUGUAAAAGGGCCUAAAUAUGCAACGCACAACUCUGCAUCUGGUUGCCCGUAUUCACCUCAGAAUCUUCAUAAAGUUAGGCAACUGGCCGACAGGCUUAAUUUGAAACACGAGACUUGUGAUUUUGAGGACGAUGUACUGGACAGACCAAAAUUAGAAAAGACUGAUAAAAUAAAAAUGGAAAAGUCUGAGAAGCUGGAGAAACCGUUGUUCUCGGAUGAACGGUUAAUGAAGACUGAGAAAGAUAUUAAACAGGAAGACGGGGAUUUCUCUGACAAAAAUGACAAGUCUGAGAACUCAGAGAAGUCUAGUAAAUCGAAGUAUCACCACAGUGACGGCCAGACAGACGAUGAUGAACUUUUGAGAAAGAGAAAGAAGAGACGACAGAUUUCCGAAGAACCGUUGUAUUCUCUCUCAAAUUCGUUCGGAGACGCAUCGUUAACUACCAUACCCUAUGCCGCGAAUAUGCCAGACAAACAAUUGCGUACAGAAUUGUACCAGUCUGUGUACAAUCCUGGAUACAAUCCAUUACCAGAUGCGCCGCACAUAUGGGCGAAACAUAGUAAUGCUUUGAACAGGGUAGUAGCGAAACAGAACACGAAUCCACGAAGGUGGUCGAACGAGGAGGUUAUCAAAUUUAUACAGAGUGUUCCCAAUUGUAAAGAAAUUGGAAAUAUCUUCAGAAAGCAUAAUAUCGAUGGAGAGGCAUUUUUAAUGUUGACCCAAGAGGAUUUGGUAUCGCUAUUAGGAUUGCGUUUAGGCCCCGCGAUCAAAUUGUACAAUAGCAUAGUUCUUCUUCGGCGAAGGGCAACGUGAAUGACGUGCGAUGAACGCACAUAUAAUUGGAUUUUGAAAAGUGCAAAGUGGCAGCUAUCGUGAUGAUCACGUCGAAUGUAUUUAUUUAAAAAAAGGGAAAAGAACUGUAACAAUCAUCGAGAUACAGAAACGUAUUUUCUAUCGUAAUUAGGUACGUCGAUUUAUAUACAAGGGAGGAGCAGGAGAUUGUAAUAAAUUCUAAUUUGAUGACGUAAAAGACUAUUAAUCGAAGCGAAAAAAUGAUUGUGUUUCGAAGUUAAAAGGACGAUUUUAUUGAUUCGUGACCU